UGCACAUUAUCUUGAGAAUUGAUUCCAGUUCUCUUCUAAUGUAGGUUUGUGUUUGUGUAGUGCUUGGAAAUCCUGUACAUGAGGAGCCCAGAAUGCUGUAAAACAUUUUGACAGAUUGUUUUAAAAAUCAAAACAUUUUACCUGACGGGCAUACUUUGCUUGGGUGGAAAAUAACAGCUCAUUUUCUUAUGCAAAACAACUCUGUGGCAUACUGAAGACACAUGGAAUUAUUCAUAUGGAAAAAAAAAAUUUUGUGAGUUGACCAUGCUGUGCAGUGCUAUUGGAAGGUAGGCAUUUACAUAGUGCUGUGAUUAAAAUGUAUUUGCAUCCCAUAUGACAGGCGUUUCCAUGUUACUAGGAUGCCAGCAGUGCUCAGAUCAUCUUGGCUUCUCCCAACAUAAGAAAUGCAGUCAAGUCUCUAUUUGCUUGAAUUGCAUGGACCAGCAGAACAUUAACUUUUUUUUCUGCUGACGUUACACUGUGCAAGACAACACUAUCCAAGCAAACCUGGGUAUGGAAUGGAUUUAACAGGGGCCAAGUGCUGAAGGGCAAUAACAUAUUGACCCUGAUCCAGGGGAAACACCAGCACACCAAAACAGCUAUUGGAGAGCAUAACCUUUUCUCACAUUGCACUCAGACAAACUGAAGUCUUUUAUUCUUCUCCUGCAAGACAGUUCAAUUCUCCCGAUCAUCCAAGUAACCCACCUUUCUGUAUCUGUUCCCAUCUGCUUUCAACUUUCUGGAGCACUGUUGACCGGAUUCACUACUUCUGUCCCAUGUGAAGUUCAUCAAAUAGUUUGGCCUGAAACUUCUUUUACAGAUCCACAAAAGCUUGAAGAUCAGUCAGAAAAAGAAAUUCUGCCCUACCUGUGACAGUCAGACAGUGGAACAAAAAAUGCCAGUGAAAUGUUGUUUCCACAGGUCAGACGCUGGGGAAACAAUGGCCUGGUCUGAGUCUGUGGAUACACUACUAGCUAAUAAAGAUGGUUUGGCAGCUUUUAGGACAUUUUUGAAGUCAGAGUUCAGUGAGGAGAAUGUGGAGUUCUGGCUGGCGUGCGAGGAUUUCAAGAAAACCAAAUCCUCCACUAAGAUCACCUCAAAAGCCCAAAAGAUUUAUUCUGACUUUAUAGAAGCCGAUGCUCCAAAGGAGAUUAAUAUUGACUUCCAUACCAAAACCCACAUCUCUCAGAAUAUCUCCGAGCCCACCCUCAGCUGCUUUGACGAUGCUCAGAGGUCAAUCUAUAGUCUCAUGGCAAAGGACUCUUUUCCCAGGUUUCUAAGGUCAGAAAUGUACAAGGAACUAGUAAAGAAGCAACAGCAUGGAAAUCAGAAGAGAUGGCUCCCAUUUUUGUGAAGAAAAUACCUGAGGGAUUAUGAAUUUGUAAAUGUCUCCCAUUGCAACUCAGUACAGAUAAUAUUUUAUUAAAGUGAUUGUACAAACCAGAUCUAAGAAUUGCCUUUGCCAGCUUGUUUUUAAGUACAGUAUGCACACGAUACUUUCUAAUAGCAGCAGAGAAAUAUUCAAGAAACAGGAUGGAAUAUGCCAAGACAUUUGAGCUACCUUUUCAGUAAAGAUGUUUGCCAUUGAUAAUUUUUCCAAUGCUUGCUUUAUUUGUCACAGUGUUUUCACAUUUUUAAGCAGAAUGUUUUGGUUUUCAGGUUUGCCGUUGAUUUUUCUUUAGAAGUACGGCCUCAAAAAUAAAUUCCUUUCAGGGGACUUGAAUACAGUUACUCAUUCAUUCAUCAUCUUAUUUAUAACUUGUAAAAAAAUUUUAAAUCCUCUUUUAAACAUGUUUUAUACCAAUUCAAAACAGAAGAAGUAGAAAUAUGGUAGAUAACACACUAUGAUAAUAUUUAAUAAAUAGGCACCUGCUUUAUAACAAAUGUUCCUGGCAUUCAGAGCAAAUAAAUAUUUCAUAAUA